AUGUGGCAGGGAAAAACGGAUGCCUGGGCUGCAUCACAAAAUGAAAUAACUAGCCAACAAUCGGUCAGCCAAUAUCAUAACAUCUCAGCAACCGAGGCAUCUCAUUUGAACAGUGUUGUCCUGCCCAAUAAUAACCAGUUUACUGUUUCGAUGCCUCUGCCACAAACCACCAACAACCAGGGGGUCGGACAGCUGAUUAACCAGCAACCGAUGGUCACCAUGAACAACACAUCUCAAGCUUCUAUUGUCCUCAAUGAUACAACUGCCAAUAACAGCAUGAUCGAUUGGGUGCAAAAUAAUUCCGUUAUGGUCCCAACUACGGAGGUUCAGAUGGCCCCUAGCCAAGAUUCAAAAGAUCUUGGCAACCCUCAAGACACGAUCACCCCUAUAGACGGUAACGGAAACCCAAUAGCCCGUAGAGUCCGUCGGGUAGCCUGCACUUGUCCAAACUGUCGGGAUGGUGAAGGGCGAAUGGCAAAUGGCAAGAAAAUUCAUAUAUGCCACAUUGAAGGCUGUGGAAAAGUUUACGGAAAGACUUCGCAUCUCCGAGCACAUCUUCGAUGGCACAGUGGUGAAAGACCUUUUGUUUGCAAGUGGUUGUUUUGCGGAAAGCGGUUUACGAGGUCCGAUGAACUUCAGCGGCACCUACGAACCCACACGGGGGAAAAGAAAUUCGCUUGCGAACAGUGCGGAAAGCGAUUUAUGCGAAGCGACCAUUUGUCAAAGCAUGUAAAAACCCAUGGGAAUGCAGCAAGGAGGACAUCAUCCCAGACAAGCAGAAUGGUCGAUGUCUCUGUUCAGAGUGAUACCAUUUUACAAACAGCUAAUGCAAAUGAUCUUACCCAAGUGCAAGUCUUGAACGCUCUUGAAAAUGUGUCACAGCAGCCGUUGUCACAGGCAGGGGAAGUGAUAACUACCCCUCAACAACAAGAAACAGCUCAGCAACAACUGCCGACCUCGCAAGAGGUUACCAUUAUGCAACUAACCCAGCAGCAACCAAACGUGCAACAGGGACAGACUCGAAUACAAGCGCUCGUACAACCGCAACAAGCAACACAACAGCAAGUAGAGUUAACCCAACAACAAAUUCAGUUAGUGCAACAACAGCAAGCACAAACUAUUACUCUUAAUGAUGGGACAGUUCUUCAAAUUCAAUGUACUCCUGCAGAAGCUGCAUUGUUAACAUAA